AUGGAAACAACAAUGAUGGCAACAACGAAUACAACGGGAAGUGGUUCACAGACGAAACUUUUUGAAGGAUGGCAAUGCUCCCCGGUUUGGGUAGGUGAGUUGAAACAACAGUCCAUUACAUUCUCAGCAGUCAACAUUCUCCUCUCCAUUACAGCAAUCCUUGGUAAUUCUCUCAUCGUUGUUGCCCUUCGCAAGGAGUCUUCCCUCCAUCCGCCAUCCAAACUCUUGUAUCGUUGUCUAGCAACAACUGAUCUGUUGGUUGGUCUUGUUAAUCAUCCUUUCUACGCCACCUAUUGGAUGUCCGUAGUCUACGAACACUGGAGUCUUUGUCGAUGCGCACUGGGCGCAAUGAGCAUAACAGGCUCUAUACUGUGUGGAGUUUCUUUGUAUACAAUGGCAGCCAUAAGCGUGGACCCACUUCUCGCCAUGUUGCUGAGGUUGAGAUACAAAGAGAUUGUAACUUUAAGGCGCACAUAUAUUAUUUUAGCUAUCGCUUGGGUUCUAUGUCCAGUGGGCAGUUUAUUAUUUCAUCUCAAGUACCGUAUUGGCCUUUGGUACAGCUUUAUAGCUACACUAUCUUGCCUGGCAAUCUCUAUCGCCUCGUACACAAAGAUUUUUCGCGCGCUCAGUCAUCAUCAAGCUCAAAUACAAGAUCAUGCUCAACAACAACCGAGCCAAUCAAAUGCGCUGAACAUGGCGCGAUACAGAAAGGCACUGUACAGUGCACUGUGGGUGCAAUUAGCUUUAGUCGCCUGUUAUGUACCACUUUUUACGGUGGAAUUUGUGAUCCCUCUUAGUAAAGAGCGAUUUCCGAAUUUCAUCAUACUCCAGGGAAUGACAGUUGUCUUAGCAUUCUUUAACUCUACUUUAAACCCGUUCCUUUACUGCUGGAAGAUAAGAGAAGUGAGACGAGCUGUAAAGCAGACAAUCAGACAAGCAAUCUGCUAUACAUAA